UAUUAGAAUUUAGAGUUCCAAAGCACUUGCAUCGGAAGGCGCAAUGUUUACCUUACAAAACCUACAGAACCACUUGUUUGUUGCAUAUUAGAAAAACAGUGUAAUUUAUUUUGGGCAUCUGUUGGCGUUUUUAUGUUAAAAGAAAUGUCACUCAAACUUCUUGCAUUCUGCCGAUUUGCGAUAGAAAGAAUGAGCCAACCUAUUAAAUGAUGAUCUGCAAGACAUUAUUGUUGCUUUUGAUUUAUUUUCUGGCAUUAGGAUCGUCUGAUGUUCAUAAUUUUAGAAGACCAAAACGACAUCAUGAGACAGAAGAAACACCCGUGGUGUUCCCUUUUAUUCCAGAGAUCCCAGAGAACAAAUGUGUUACGUACAACGGCGGGGAAGGAAUGUGCAGGUCUGCAGGCCUCUGUGUUUUUCGAUUCGAGAGCACUCGAGACCAGGAAGCAUCCGUGUGCAAGAUGGACAGUGGUGAAAUAGGGACGUGCUGCCCCGGAAAGCCACCACCAUCCAGAGCAACAGGUCCCAUUUUCCCGGAAAGUCCAGACGCAAUGCCUGAUAUUUCUUCCUCUGAUCUGGACUUUGCUGGGCUAGAAGGACGAUCUAUGGUGCAGCGAAUCGAGCAGCUGGAAUUCGAACUUCAACGAAGAGGACUAACCGUGAAGAAAGGAAGUCCUGAAUACUUCUUGGAAGCGCAGUUUGAUGGGGAUAGAAGAAAGGUCUGGGAACUAGGAAAAGGCGGGCUUACUGGUGUUGAAGCUACUUUGAAAUUAGUUAAAGCCUUUCGAUUGACUUCUGCACAAAGGCGUGACGGUCUUCGUCGGUUCAGUCUGAUGAACACAGUCAUUGGAGACACCUGUCCCAAGUCACCACCCUGUCCCACCACCAAGUACAGGACUUCGGACGGGACAUGCAACAACCUCAAACAUCCGGAGUGGGGCAGCGCUUUCCAGCCAUAUGCCAGAUUAUUGCCACCAAGAUACGCUGAUGGUAUCAAUGAACCACGUUCCUCUUACGAUGAUGGACCUCUGCCAAGCGCUAGAGAAGUAUCUAUUCGGAUAAGUUCUGGAGAAGAUAGACCAAGUCGGGAAGUUACGGUUGCCUUUACAGUUUGGUCUCAGUUCUUGGCAUAUGACCUCGCAUUGACUGGAGUGACACAAGCUGAAAACGGUGACGGAAUAUUGUGUUGCCACCCACAAAUAGAGAAAAACCGCGACAGGCUUCUUCAUCCUGCUUGCAUGCCCAUUCUCGUGCCUGACAACGAUCCAUAUCGAAAGAAGCACGGGGUCAGGUGCAUGCAUUUCCUUCGGUCAGAAGCUGCUCCACGAUCUGAUUGUACGUUUGGUCCACGUGAGCAGUUGAAUCAAGUUACUGCAUUCAUCGAUGGGUCAGCUGUUUAUGGUUCUUCUGAAAAUAAAACGAGAUUCCUUAGAAGUUUUGAAGAUGGGAAGCUAAAAUGGUCUUUCACUGGUGGAAAAGAAAUGCUGCCGAGGAGUGAUCGCUUAUCAUGUUCAAGUGCAGAAACUUCGUGUUUUGUCUCAGGGGAUGUGCGAUGCAACCAGAAUGUCCUCCUUACUUCAUUCCACGGUUUGAUGCUUCGAGAACACAACAGACUGGCAGACAUAUUAUCAGCUCUGAAUCCUGGAUGGAACGACGAAAUUCUAUUCCACGAAGCCCGGAGAAUUCUGAGUGCAGAAAUACAGCAUAUUACGUUUACGGAGUUUUUACCUUUGCUUCUUGGUGAUUGUGUCAUGUCUUCUUAUGGACUGAAGCCGAAGUUGACUGGUUACAGUUUUGAUUACGAUUGUAACCUGAACCCUGCUGUGCUGAAUAGUUUCGCUGCUGCUGCAGGGAGAUUUGGACAUACUCUCGUUCAAGACGAGAUGGAGCUGUACUCGAAUCAAGGUAGCAGGAAAGACGCUCACUUCCACGCAGACUUCGACCCUUCUUUUAUGUACACCAGGGGGAGUUUCGAUGCUCUAGUACGGGGAAUGACUCGACAACCUGCCCAGACUUUUGACAGUAACGUCGCAGCGCAUCUGACAAAUGAAUUGUUCGGUGCCUCUGGCCAGGGAUUGGAUUUGAUUGCUCUGAACAUCCAACGGGGCCGGGACCACGGACUUCCCGGUUAUAACGAAUGGCGAGAAUAUUGCGGUCUUCCAAGAUUGCGUAACUUUGAGGAUUUGGCCACAGUCAUGGACCCAUUAGUUGUGCGGAAUUUCAGUCGUCUUUAUAGGAAUGUAGACGAUGUAGACCUUUUUCCAGCGGGUAUUGCCGAGAAUCCUCUUCCAGACGCCAUUUUGGGGCCGACUUUUGCAUGUAUCAUUGCUGAUCAGUUUCGGCGCCUGAAAUUGGGAGACAGGUUCUGGUACGAGAACGGAGGAAUGGAAUCCUCGUUUUCAGAACCGCAACUUCAGGAAAUUAGAAAAAUUACUUUGUCUCGUCUGCUGUGUGACAACACAGAUGUUGAAGCCAUGCAAAUGGUUGCAUUCGUACGUCCAGCUAAAUGGAAUCCAAGUGAAGAUUGCAAAACUGGUAAAAUUCCACGAAUGAGUAUGAAUCCUUGGCGGAAUGAACCAGUGUGGUCUUGAAAAGAACCUGCUGGUAAUCAGGAAGAUAUUGCUGAAUAUUUGUAUUGAUUCAGGAAAAAAAAAUCUUAAUUUAUUCUCACCUUUCUGCAAGAUCUUUUAUUUGACU